CUUGAAAGUCAUUGAAUUACGAAGAAACUAAGUUAGCUUAGGCAUCGUGUAAAUACCUUCUUCGCUUGUCUAUGUUAACUACAAGCUACUUUUACUACAAACUUACCUGGCAUAUACGCCUCUAUUGUAUCUCUUUAUUACGAUUAGCUAUUUCAUCUAAACUCGUCGUUUCCUCUCAAUCUAAUAAUUUCAAAGUGCUAUAGCUGCGACUUAAUAGCAUGAAAUUCAAUUUAAAUGCCAAAAGUGUGUUAAAUUUACCGAGUCUAGUAGUCACUCAACACCACUGAGUGCCACUCUAGCAGGAAACCCCACCUCAUUCUCCAGCGAUGACGCCCUUGUUGCGACAUCGCAGAACCCCGCCAACCAAAAUAGGUCAUAUACGUCUACGGCUGUUGUUACUGCGCCAUUAACCAUCACCAAAACACAUCCUCUAUUCUUUCACCAAAACACCAUCACCAUGUCUGUCGCAGCUCCCUCUCUUUUCAACGUCGACGGCCUCGUCGCUCUCGUCACUGGCGGCGGUACAGGCAUUGGCCUCAUGAUGGCCAAGGGCCUCGCCCAAAACGGCGCCGCCAAGGUCUACAUUGCCGGCCGCCGCCUCGACGUCCUCCAAGCAGCCGCCCAAACCAUUGGCGGCACCAACGUGAUCCCGCUGCAGUGCGAUGUCACUAACAAGGAAGAUUUGGCCCGCGCUGUGCAGACCGUCAAGGACGAAGUAGGCUACUUGAACCUGUUGGUGUGCAACUCGGGCAUCCUGGGCCCUCACCCCGGCGUCAUUGCACCCGAUACUACCGUCGAAGACUUUUCGGCACGCAACAUGGCCCUCGACUACAGCCAGUUUGUAGAUACCUUUUCUGUCAAUGUCGCUGCUGUCUGGUUCGGCAUCAUGGCGUUCCUGCCCCUCCUCGACGCUGGCAACAAAAAGGCCAAUGUCGAGCAGACGUCGCAGGUCAUUGUCACCAGCUCCAUUGCCGGCAUGAACAAGACGGCUCCUGGCGGCUGGGCGUACGGCCAGUCUAAGGCUGCUGCUAUUCACUUGGUCAAGCAGCUGUCUGCUUUGCUGCCUCAGUGGAAGAUGCGCGCCAACUGUAUUGCCCCUGGAUUCUUUCCUAGCCAGAUGACCACCGACACUGCCGAUGUAGAGGCCGUCCAGCGCUUUGUGUCUGGCAUCCCUCUCCAGCGAAUGGGUGAUGAGCAGGACAUGGCGGGCACGUUGCUGUACCUGGCAUCCCGUGCGGGUGGCUACGCCAAUGGUAGCGUUGUUACGAUUGAUGGUGGCCGACUCAGCAAGUUCCCUUCAACUGCGUAAAGAAAUAUGUUGAGCUGAGCCAAGUCAAAAACUAUAUAGACGCUUAAAAUAGACAAAUCAUGAGACAAUAGAGACAGCAACGAGAAUGUGGAUAUAACGUUGUUAUUCAAAAGGUUACUAUUUGCAAGUUGUGUUAUAAACUGUAAGAAACUGUAAGAAACUACAUAGUAUAGUUCCCUAUAU